UAGUCAAGUAGAAUCAGUCGUUGAGUAUGGUCGGAUCCUGAUCCUGCUCUUCCUGUUAAAUUUGGACUCCACACAACUCCAUAUACAGAGCGGGAGAGAGUCACAGUCUGCGUUUAGUUUUGAGUUCGGGCUUUUUGUGUUUCUCUACUCGGUGUGUGCAUCUUUAUCCCGUUGGUUUCCUGCAGGGCGCAGGGUUUGAGGAAGAAGCAAGUGCUGAUAUACAGACGGUCAGUCAGUCAUCAGACAGACAGACUUGUAGACGUGACGGGGCGGGGCAGCGGGAGGUUGUUAGCCUGUUUCCUUUUUAUUUUGCUUUCGUCGGUUCUGAACGGCGUAGUCAUCGGGAGGAAGUGUGCUCCACAGUUAUUGGAGAGUGUGUGAAACUGUCGACGUCGUGAUCGCGUUCGUGAAUAAGUUUAGAGUUUUUCGGGAUCGCUGUCGUGAUCGUCACGCGCAAGAACCCUCGAGCUCACGGUGUGUAGAACCGUCCGUCGAUAGAGAAUUUCUGUGCGAUCACUUUUCGACGGAGGUCAGUGGAGGCUGAAGUGUAGAUCUUGUAGCGCGCACUUACGGUGGAAGGCCAUCGAGCAGAGAAGAAAACCGAGGUGUGGAGCAGUGAUUGAAAACAGAGAAGACAUUAGCGCGAAGCAGGAGGAGGAGAAAGAAAGGAUAAGUGCAUGCAGUAGGCGAAGCCACAAAGAGGAAAAGAGUUGUUCAAUUGUGCACCCUGCGCAAAAAGAAGUUUGUGAAGAAAAAGCAGGAAAUUUGCCAUAAUUGAGAGUUAGGUUGAAUCAAGUGGAAGGCAGAAGAAGAAACGGAGGAAUUUUUGUUCAAUUAAUAUUUUUUUCAGUGUAGCGUAAUGCAAUGGUAUAGUACGGUGGCUGCAGAUCUGUUGCAUCGUAAUGAUCGAACCGUUUUGCUGUGAUUGCGUGAACUAGGGAAAGUCAAAUAAUAAAUUGCGUAUUUCGAAUGCAAGCUAAACCAAAUUUGGAAAAUACAAAUAAUUGAUCGACUGGUGCACAGUGUGGAACACACGGUCUAGGGAAAAUCAAGUGCCUUUCUACAGCGUGGAUAUAAACCCAGAAGUUGUGAUACUCAUGCAGGACAGCGUUGGCUGCGCAGUGAUAGGUGCGGGGUAUAAAUUUAAAAAUUAAAUACUGCAAGCUAAGCUCGUUGGUGUAUACUGCGGAGCAAACUACCAAUCCAACGAUAAAGAACAGCAAGAAGAGUGUUUUAUACACACACCAUACACAUAAACGAAGACGACGCAAACCGCCGACGAGACACACGGGUUAUUCGCCAGCGCCAGAGCCAGAGUUGACGAACGUCGAGAGAACAAGAAAUAAAGGAAGCAAUAUUAAGAAAAGCUAAUUUUAUCGCUUAAGUAAAGUUGAAAAGACGGCGCAGACAUACGUGCAGCGCGAGAAUAUCAGAGACGUAGCAAAAAACAACAAUAACAACACCAGUCUACAACGCAACAAGUACAACAAGAAACGAAGACGUGCGCGCAUUGAUCGCUGUAAACACACAUUCUCUCGCGUGUUGUGUUAUGCCAAGCACUCUCUCUUUCUCUUGGUGACUCUGUAUCUCACCAUUCCGUCCCCACAAGCUCCAAAAAGAGCUAAAGCGAAAUAACUGCACACGACGGUAGGGCAGCGCACCUACUGCUCCAAUCAAGAGAGACUCCACACAACACCACAACACAAGAUGGCGUUCAACGGUAGCCCCAACAACAACACUAGCGCAACCAGCAACAGCUCAGAGGAGAACGAUGGAGCCAGGAAAAAGGAAAACCUGAUCCUUCUGGUUGCCAAAGACUCCAACGAUAAGCUCAACGAGCUGUUCGACAAAACACUGAGCAACAGACUACCCCUGCAGAUCCCCUUGCGUAUGCGAAAGUUGCCCGACUCGUUUUUCAAGCCACCGUCCUCCGGAUCCAAAUCUCCAUCAGUAUCGCACUCACGUGAAAAUUCAGCCGACUCGGCGUUCGGGUCCGGUACCACCAUAUUGGGUGGGGUCGGCACUGGCCCCAAUGGCCUCCCCAUCCAUCACAGUCGUGCCCACAGCAGUCCGGCCUCGUUGGGCAAAAUCCCGGCCGGUUUGGUUGCCAGCAUAAACGCUGCCAACCAGCAGCAACAGUCGGCCAACAACAGUAGCAAUGUAAAUAGCAAUAAGACGCAGCCCGGUAACGUGACGGGCGGGGGCAGUGGAGAUGGGGCUUCGGCCGCGGUCCAACAGCAGCAGGCCCAGCAACAGGCGCAACAGCAAAGUCUCACCAGACAAGCCAUUCUGCACAGCCGGGGACGCUCGUACGACGUGUCCAACCAGCAUGCCCACUACGGCGAACUGCCGCCCGGUUGGGAACAGGCCAAGACACAGGACGGCAGGAUUUACUAUUUGAAUCACAACACACGAACCACCACGUGGGAGGACCCACGGAUCACCGCGGCCAUGCAGCAGGAGAGCCUAUUCCAGCAACAGUCCAGCGUCGAGACACUGUUCAACACGGGAUCGCAAACGUUGCUCAGUCCCACCAUCUCGUCCCCAACACCAACCAACAACAACAACAAUAAUAACAACAACAACAAUGUGGUAUUUUCAGAUUCGAUCGAAAUGUCGAACGAUCUACCGGCGCCGGCGCCGCCCCCAACGUCCAACGUAUCGAUGCUGAACAGCAACAGUAAUGUCAAUCUCGGUCCCCUGCCGGAUGGUUGGGAGGAAGGCAUAACGGCUAAGGGCGAACGGUACUACAUCAACCACGCGACGCGGACGACCACCUGGAGGGACCCCCGAUUGUCCAACCAGGAUUGGGCAGCACAAGAGCAAUCGGUCAGACUGUACAACCUGCAGCUAGAGCGGGAACGCCUCCGGAGGCGGCAACAGGAAAUUAGGUCACAUAUAGGGGAAGACCCGUUCCUGUCCGGGCUGACGGAUCACUCGCGCCAGGAGUCCGGUGACAGUGGACUGAGCGAAUCGUCAACGUCCCAGUCGAUGCCCCACACGCCCGAUUUCCUUUCCAGCAUAGACGACAGCAUGGACGGACUUAGCAUGGCAGAUAACUCGAUGGACACAAUUGCAUUUGGAGAUAAUUUAGAAACGCCCGAUGAGUUUAUGCUGGACGACCCCCUGCUAUUGGAGAAGAUCGAUGCCGUCAGUAAUCUGAACCUGAUAGAUCCUUCGAGUACUAAACCGGACAACACGUUGUACGACAUCAUUUAACAACAGAGAGAACAAAACAGAGUUAGUAGCCGAUUUGUAGAGUUCAGCAAGCCGAUGGCAGAUUUAAAUUUAUCGACACCAACACUCAACACAGUAUAUACUUAACAAGAGAAGAAAGAACAGCAAAUUGACGCAAAUUUACACAUUCUGAAAAAUUCUAUAAGAAUUCACAAACACAGAAAAAAAGAACAAUAUGCAGAACUAUUGCGGAAAAUAUUGAUUCACAAUCAAAGAAAUUGUGUGAAGCUAAAUUCUAGUUUUAGGGUUCUUAGUUUGAGUAUAUAGAAUCAGAACAGCUACAUAGGUACGUUCUGGAUAAUCAAGUUUUGUAUUCGAGCAUGGAAUGAGUAUGUAUUAGUGUGAACGCGUGUUAGUAUUUGUGUAAGUGUGUAAAAAUCAAAGCUAAAAAUCGUUUUACGAUUCAGGAAUCGGUGCGAUCCCGUUUCCCCGCAUUAUUGCAAUGAUGCAAUGAUCACUCAGUGCCUUAUCGGAAAGUGAAUUUCCCGACUGACAGCGCCUCGAGUGCAUGGGUGGGAGUUGAGAGAAACAAGAGACGUGAUUUUAUUAUAGGAUGUAAUUCGCGCGAACUCACAAACACAUAUCAGAUUGGGUCGAAUCGGAACCCACACACCCACCAACAUGCGUGUGAGCACUUGUCAGAGGAAAGUUUGUCCGAAGCAAUCGUCUGUGAACGCGAGAAAGGGAGAGAAUGCGAGUUCUGAAACAAAUAAUCAUUACGUUACAAAUGUAUGGAUUUAGAUCAACGGGGACGCUGCUGAAGUUUCUAUUAUAGUCAUCCCUAACGGUCUCAGUCCAGUGAAUUCAGUUGCAGAACACAGCGUGGAGAUAUGCAAUAAUAAGUAGUUUUGAUAUGUUUUGUUUGGAAAUGUUGUAUUGAAAGAGAAAUUUUAAAAACAUCGUUAGAAAAGCAUUAAAAAGAAAACAAGUGCUACUUAUGGCAACACAAAAUGUGCCUUUUUUGGGAUUUAACCAUUUAUACAACAGUUAUUAUUUACGGUAAGAACAAUGUUGGGAAGGAGAUUUUUUCGUAGCAAAACUAGCAAUUUAAAGCAUCGUGUCAUUCAUUUUUUGUUUUGUUUUGAGCAUAGCAUAAUUUUCAUCCUUUUGAAUCAGGCAGCUUGUCACAUGGCAAAAUCUCAUACUCUAUUGCGAAGCCAAUUUGUAUUAGUAACUACCUUAGUUAAGUUAAUGCAAAAAAAACAUUUACUACUAUCAAACCUAUUAGUACCGGUAGAAAUCAGAAGCUGAAUGGAAACACAACGCAAUCGAAAGAGCAAAUACAGUCGAUUCAGUUGGAGUUUGAAGGCUCGGUUGUUCGACUAAACUAUGAAAAUAAAGACGGAAGUCAUUUGCUGCAUGCCCAGGAAUUGAGUUUCCAGAGUACAUGAAAUCUGGUCAGCUGACGUCUAGAGAACUAUAUAAAUAUACUUUAUUAUGAUUAUGCAUUGAUAAUGAAAACACAAACAAUGGUUUUAAAAUGUAAGAAAAUUUUCAAUCUACUUAAAUCAAUCAGCAUUAGCGUAAAUUUACAGCAGUAAUGUUCGUAAGCAGUACAUUACUAUUCUAUUUGUAAUUUUAGAUCAUUUCUAGCAUCUUCCAUUAUCAAAUCGUAGACAUCUUUCAGUUAUACGUCUAGAGACAAGCAAAGAUUACAUAAAUAUUUCAGCAAAUUUUAGACCUACUUUGCGGAAAUGCAAAAUUUCAUAUAUUUUCUUAUUGAUAACUAGUUAUAAUAAGCUAUAUUUAAAAGCUCCUAGCAAAUUGCAGCACAAAUUUUUCAACACUGUAAAACUAAUUAUCUAACAUCAUCCGCCACAAAAUCCGACGAAUCGAAAUAUAUUUGCUUGAAUUCAUGUUAAAGAAUAAAUCGAAACCACGCGGUCAAUGUUCCAUUCGAAAUAGCUUUUGAUGAAAGACAGAAAUAAAUCAUCCAAAUUUAAGAGCAUCGGUAAACAUUCAAGAAUAUGGCAACACUAAAAUGUAAUCCUGAAUAUUUCCAUCACUUCAAUAAUUUCCUACUUAAGUAUUUCUGAAGAAUUACCGACGAUCAUCUAUGAAAAUUUUAACUAAAAUACGCAAAACAAUUCGCUGUCAUUUGUCCCAGUGCUGCACGGCGUGCAUGUGCGCCCGUCCAAAACUAAUUGCAUUUCUAAUAUGUGUGUAUGUUUGAAAAAACAAAAUGAACCAACCCUCUUUAAGCGUGUACACCGCACACUGCGAUCAAUGAUGGCAUCCGACGAGGUCAAAGAGUGAAACUAUGCUAUGGUCAACAAAAAAUAAAUGAACGAAUAGAUAGCGGAACAAAUUUGUGGAAACCAUGUAGAAGCCGUCCAAAAGAAAAAAAAAUGCAUGAGUAACAAAACGCAAAAAUCCCACUAAGUAAACACCAAUUCUCCCAUUUAUGAGCGAUAAGUUGAAAAACUCAAAUUUAAAAAUUGAGCUGAAAUCGUGAUAAGUUGUUAGGUCUAGCAAAUUCAAAUGACAAUAUUGAAAGGAAAGUCGGAAAACCAUGCAUCGUCAUCAUCAAGCAAUAUUUUUGCCGCCAAAAAUAUGAUCAGCGUUGAUGUGGUAUUUAGGUGCCAACUUUUUCAAAAAUACAUCCAUUUCUCUUUAUUAUUUGUCGAUUUUUUUAUAAGAACAACAUUCUCAGUAAAGUCGUCACCUAUUUCUCUACCGGUGCCCGUAGAGAACGUAGUGUGGACAGCGUAGGUUGUCAGCGAUGGUCCCCAAAUGUGUAUUACAUUCGGGGUAUCGCCCCUAGUUAUAUAUCAAAAUGAUCUUUUUUUCAUUCAAACCUCAUUGAAAAAAAAACUGAAUUCAAGAAAUAUAUUGAGAUUAAACGCAAGCAAUCUGGUUUCUUUUUCUAGAAGAAACUAAUUGAUAAGUUUCUGUUCAACCGCGUUCGAUAAUUCGAACUGAGCCAGAACAGAAAUAACAAGGAUAUAGCAGCGAGAGGAGUACAUAAAAAGGAACUAUUUUUUACGGAAACUAUACAAAAGCUUAAAAAUUCUGAUACUGUUACGAGAGGAUCGCCUCUGGAUCUGUUUAUUGCGCUCGUUCGUUAUUGCAAUUUAUUGUUGCACAAGCUGUACGAUUGAUCGUAAAACAGUUCUAUAUUCUAACCUAAAAUUAUUUCUUUUUUCGCAAAGCAAUGAAAAAAACGCAGCCGAUCGCGUAUCGCUAAGAUCUGUGCAAUGUACAUAGUAAUAAGACGCCAGGAGUGAAAAAAGCUAUCAGAGUGAAUCCGCGAAACUGUGAUUUUUGAAAAGUGGAAUAAUUUUGUUACAAUAUAUAAACAUGUAUCAAGAAAAAAACGAAAAUAAAAAAAUCGAAAAACAA